CUUCCCCCGUCUCGCGUCUCGGGCCCCGCCCCUCGGCCCACCACCGCCACCAGCCGGCGUAGACGUCACCGCUGCAGCUGUGUGCGCGCUGCCUGUGUGUCUCGCUCCCUCCCGCGCGAGAUUAGAGAGAGAGCAGGCCGGGGGUAAGAUGGCGGCGCCCGUGCUGAGUGUGUCCGUGCCGCGGUGGGAGAGCGGAGCCCGGUACGCGGUCUGCGUCAUCGGCAUCGUUCUGUCUCUCUACGCCUUCCACGUGGAGAGGGAGAAGGAAAGGGACCCCGGAUACCAGGCCAUGUGCGACCUCAACCACUGGGUCCGCUGCUCCACAGUCCUCGCCUCCAGAUGGGGUCGUGGAUUUGGUCUUUUGGGUUCCAUCUUUGGAAAUGAUAGUGUAAUGAAUCAACCAAACAGUGUCUUUGGACUUAUUUUUUAUUUACUACAGAUGCUUCUGGGUAUGACAGUAAGUGCUGUAGCAGCAUUAGUGCUAAUGACCACAUCUAUAGUGUCAGUAGUAGGGUCACUCUACCUGGCAUACAUCCUGUACUUUGUGCUGAAGGACUUCUGUAUUAUCUACGUCACCACUUAUUUGCUGAACUUCAUUCUCCUUAUCAUCAACUACAAACGACUAGUUUACUUGAAUGAAGCCUGGAAAAGGCAGCUGCAGGAUAAACAAGAAUGAGAGGCCUCUUGAACUCGGACUUGGGUCUGAAGGACUCUGCUUCCUUAAAGUUUAUUUUGCAGUACACUUUUAUUGGUUGGGGGACAGACCAUUUCCAAGAUAAAGAACAAUCUUAACCAAUUAUCUUUUUUUAUUACUUCUGACUGAAAGGGCCCUGGAUAUGUGUAUAAUUUUGCAAUGCCGCCUCCCAUUUGAAAUGGAUGAAGGAGUGAUUCUAAAUUAAAUGAGUGACAAGCUUUAACUGUACUUACAAACUUGUGUAAAGUGGCACAUUUUCUGUUCCUGGCAACAUGUUUACCCUCUUGUGCCUCCCUCUCUCGGUUUGUUUUGUGUGUCAUUCCUUAAAUGCGGGUAAUUUAUUAUGCUUUGUUUUGUUUUUUUAAUUUAAAGCUUUUAUCAUGUGGCUGAAAUGGUUAUACUCGCUUAUUUUGUGGCUACCAUUGGUAUUUCAGGGUUCCAUGUAUUUUAUGGCUGCCAUUGGUAAUUCAGAUGUUCUUAACAGUUGUUGCAGCCAAAUACUGUCCACUUUUGAUUUCUAUCCAGAUUGAGCAGCGUUAAAACUUUAACUUGCCACAUCACCUUAACCAUGUUUGCCAUAUGUUUGGAGACCUUACAUCAAGGAAGCUGUAUACUACGAUGUAAUGUUAUACAGGAAGCAAAUGAAGUUUGGGGAAAUGAUUGCAGCUUUAUUGCACUAAUUUGCGACUGACGCAUCCCUGGAUUCUUGUAAGCACUGUAGCAGCUGGGCUGUGGAGCGUAUUCUAGACAGUGGUUGCAAGUUGCUGGUCAGUUUCAAUGAUUGCAUCAUCCCUGAUAGUGGAACAUAUAGACAGAAUAAUACACAAGAAGGCAAGUCUGCAGUGUUAGUAAGGUUCAAGGAUAGAUUCUGAGAGCCAGUAUAGAAGCUCAUGAUGGCAUGGAAGCAAAUUGUUCCUGGUUAUGCCAUGAUUAUGGACACAGAACCCAAACAAUUCCUAUAGCCCAUGGCUUAAUGUAAACCGGUUUCAAAACCAAGCUUCUGGAAUUUGAGUCUCUUCUUGAUCCACCAGUAUAAAGCUAACUGCGAAAACACCACAGUGGAACUCCUCUCUCCACUCUGCAUAAAUGGUACUCCCAGUAUUAAGCACUGUUUCCAUACUUUUAUUCUGGGAAUUGUCAGUGAAACUGCAUGUGGUUCUCUCUGAACAACCAUACAAUAAGGACACUUGUGGAUUUGUUUUUUCUUUGCUGCCAUUUUUCAAAGUGACCAAAAACUGCAAAUAAUAAAACUUAAAUCUUCUUA